AUCUCUCUACGAAAGUCAAUAUCUUUCCUCCCCAAUCCAAUCUGACACAACUCAGCUUCAUCUAGUCGGUACGACGUGAUCACAACUUGUACUAUUUAUUUCAACUACGAUCGAUCACCUUUUGUAACCCUAAUUGUCAAACCCCUCACCCCUCCUGUCUUCGUGUGUUUUUGCAACCGAAAAAUGACGGUCCCAGUGGUGAAAUUCCCACUGUUGUUAUGCGUGCGGGUUCUAGGUUUAUCUGUUGCUACCUUGGUUCUCAUUUGGAAUUUUCGCUACCGAGGAGGAUUGGCUCUUAUUUCAGAAGAUAAAAAUCUCAUCUUCAAUGUUCAUCCUGUUUUGAUGGUGCUUGGUCUUGUUCUGCUGAACGGCGAAGCCAUGCUGGCGUACAAAACAGUAUCAGGAACAAAAAGUUACAAAAAGCUAGUCCAUCUUUCGAUCCAGUUCCUUGCGUUUUGCUUUGGAACAAUCGGUUUAUGGGCUGCUUGGAAGUUUCACAACGAUAAAGGCAUUGACAAUUUCUACAGCCUGCACUCAUGGUUGGGCUUGGCUUGUUUAUGCUUAUUCACCAUUCAGUGGGGAGCUGGAUUUGCAACGUUCUGGUAUCCCGGUGGUUCAAGGACCAGCAGGGCUUCACUGCUGCCAUGGCAUGUCUUCUUCGGAGUCUACAUUUACGUGCUUGCAGUUGCCGCUUGUGCUACUGGCCUUUUAGAAAAAGCUACGUUUCUUCAAACCAACAACAUAAUAUCGCGUUAUUCUGCAGAAGCAAUGUUAGUGAAUAUAUUGGGUGUCUUGAUCAUUAUCUUGGGCGGGUUUGUUAUUCUUGGUGUCAUAUCACCGCCAAGUGGCAAAGGCGAUGUUCUCAGAGGAUCAAUAGAGUAAACACAAGUCGUAUUUAUCCAAUUUUCAGAGUUGUGACUGAGAGGCAAAGCUAGUGAUGUAAAAGUAUUGAUCCGUUAAUAAUUAUUACAAAAUACCAAGUGUUGUUUUGAGUGUGAAAGGAAAUCAUGUUGUCAAUCA